CACACACACACCAACUCUCGGUUCUGUAAUCUUUUCACAUUUGCUUUGUAGUAAUCUAAAUUACAGAGCUGCUGUUAUCAAGAAAAUACUCAUAUUUAUAAACCAAAUGUGAGUUGCUUGAUUGUAUUUUAAAUAUUAACCACUUUCCAUUUAGAAAUCUUGGAAUAUAAUAUACAGCAGAAGCAGUCUCAGCUGCUGGAGAUGCAAGUGGAGCUCAACAGUGUGAAAGACAGAGCAACAGAACUGCAGGAACAACUGAGUUCUGAGAAAAUGGUGGUUGCUGAACUGAAGAGUGAGCUCGCACAAACUAAAUUGGAACUAGAAACAACACUCAAGGCACAGCAUAAGCGCCUAAAGGAAUUAGAGGCAUUCAGAUUGGAAGUUAAAGAUAAGACAGAUGAAGUGCAUUUGCUUAAUGAUACACUAGCAAGUGAACAGAAAAAAUCAAGAGAGCUCCAGUGGGCUUUGGAGAAAGAGAAAGCAAAAUUGGGAUGCAAUGAAGAACGCGAUAAAGAAGAAUUAGAG